AUGCGGCCACACACUCCAGCGCGGGCCAUGCGCUCGAUACAGCCGAUACAGCGUUGUGUGCGUCUAUCUGCACAACUCAGAAGAGCAACAUUACCUCGAAGAAUACAAACCACCCGCGCCUUCACCACGACACCAACACAACGCCACAACCCCUCCGCCUCGACCGUCGACCCAACCGAAGUCUCGCACUUCAACGCCCUCGCCUCGUCGUGGUGGGACCCCCACGGCUCGUCGCGGCUGCUGCACCUCAUGAACCCGCUGCGCCACGACUUCAUCGCCUCGUGCCGCUUCAACGACCCUGUGAUGCCCUCGCAGAAGCUAAAGUACCUCGACAUUGGAUGCGGCGGCGGCAUCUUCGCCGAGUCUGCCGCGCGCCUGCCAGACACACACAGCGUGACCGCCAUCGACCCCACACCAGGCGUGCUGAAAAUCGCCGAGGGCCACAAGAGGCGCGAUCCGCUGCUGAUGGAGCCCGGGCGGCUGACGUACCUCAACACAUCGAUUGAAGAGCUGCCCUUGCCGAAAACACCCGCCGAAGCCUACGAUAUCGUGUCGCUGUUCGAAGUCCUCGAGCACGUCAACGCGCCUGGGCCGUUCAUCUCCAACCUCCUCCCGCACGUCAAGCCGGGCGGCUGGCUCGUCAUGAGCACGAUUGCGCGCACGUGGACUAGCUGGCUGGUGACGAACGUCCUGGCCGAGGAUGUGCUGGGGAUUGUGCCCAAGGGGACGCACGAGUGGGGCAAGUACGUCAAUGAAGACGAGCUGCGCGGGUAUUUUGCCAAGGAGCCUGGGUGGGAUGGCGCGAGCGUGCGCAGUCUGGGUGUCAUGUACGUGCCAGGCUUUGGGUGGAAGGAGGUCAAGGGCGGUGAGGACUGGGGGAAUUACUUUUUCGCUGUGAAGCGCCUCGAGCAGUGA